GCGUAUGUAGUUUAAAAAGGUUGGCAACACUUACCGACAAGAGUGACUUUAACGUCGCCCAGCAGUAAUUUCUUAAACUACCGUAGUAGAGAUGUUAGUUUCGUUCAGUUUUUUAGUUUAUGUCGUUUUGUACAUAGAAGGAAUUAUUUGCUAAUUUAUAACGAAAGAACAACGAUAUGGGUCUUCAGCCUUUAGAAUUUACAGAAUGUCUGACGGACAGUCCUUACUUCCGCGAAAAACUUCACGCCCACGAAAAGGAGCUGGACAAGACAAGUCAGGCGAUCAAAGGUCUUAUCCGAGAGGUGAAGGAACUUCUCGGUGCUGCCAAAAACCUUUCAAGAGCACAACGAAGUCUUGCAAAUACUCUAAUGAAUUUCAAGUUUGAAUGCAUAGGAAAUAGUCAAACUGAUGAUGAAAUAGUUAUAGGUAUGAUUUGCUGUUUUUAAUAUUGUGGUAUUUAUUUCACAUUUAAG